GGUGUGUAACUAUAAGCGACCGUGUGUGUAUGUGUGUGUGUCCUGACGUUCCCUGCAGUUAUGUCGUGAAUUUAGGCCUACACAGACCACGAUGGAGGAGCGUCGUGUGGUUGAGUACUUCGUAGUGGCUGGACUCCCUGAGAACCCCAAGCCAUUAGCAGACUUCUCUUGUGACGGCGCCACCUUGAAAGCCACAUACAAUCUGCCGCCCGUGACUGACCUGGCUGUCAUCAACCGGUCCCUGGGAGAAGUUGUUCCUGAUGGCUACACAUGCAUUGAGACGACCCCCUCAGGCCUGGUCGCCAACAUUAACCAGGGGGCUCUUCGCGCUCCAGAGAUGUUUUUGUGUUUUCGUCGAGGGAGAGACAAACAGCCCCUCGUUGACAUAGGGGUGCUCUACGAAGGAAGGGAGAGGGUGAUGCCAGACUCUCAGAUAGUUGAAUUUACACACGGAGGUCGGAGUGCCAAUAUUAACUCGUCAGGACAAACUACCUAUAUGACUUACAGGAGGGCCAGUGAGAAUGCUGCCUGUAACGAGCUAGUUGUGUCGGACAUCUGUAUAAUAAUGACCAACAGGGGGGAACAAGCACCCCACUCGUACUGUACCAUCGACAGAAACCUUAAUAAGGGCACUAUGGUGGGCUCUGAUAUUUACGUCUGUUACAAGAAGUCGAUGAACCGGUCUACGUCGUUAGCAUACAUGGCAGGCAUACAAGACCAGUACCCGUUUAUCCCGCGGCCCAGCUUCCCCCUCCCUGCUGACCUGGCCCUGUUCUGCCUGCCAAUGGGUGCCACACUGGAAUCCUGGCCGCAGAGUUCAACGCGUCCUCAACCUGUGUCGUCGACCUUCGUGCUAACCGUGACCUCCGGCGACCGCACAGAAUCCGUUGAGAAGGUGUACGGUGCCGCUGUGGCGUUCUACGAGCCGUACCCCCACGACAAGCUGACCCCAGAGCAGAGGAGGGCGUUGAGGCUAGAGGAACAUUUUGGCCGCAGGAAUUGCGUACAUACAAACAAAAGUAUCUGCUUGUUGUCGCGAUGGCCGUUUUUUGAGACCUUUGACAGGUUUCUGAAGUAUUUGCACGCCAUGGCUAACUCUGGCCCCCACCUGGUGCCUAUUGAAAGAUACAUCCAUCAUUUCUUGGAGAGCGUCCCCUUUCCGAGCUCAAGGCGCCCCAGAAUCCUUAUCCAGCUCGAUGCCAAGGAGAGAAUAUCCCUGACCCAGCCAGAGGACUCCCCUAUUCCCCUCAGUGGUGCCAAGUUUCGACAGCUUGUUAUGAAUUUACGACCAGACGGCUGCCUGACCGUUCUGCUGUUUGCGCUGACAGAACAAAAAAUAUUGCUCCAUUCUCUACGCCCAGACGUCCUUACAGCUGUUUCAGAGGCAAUAAGCAUGAUCAUCUUCCCCUUUCACUGGCAAUGCCCAUACAUCCCCCUGUGUCCCCUGGGGCUGUCCGACCUCCUCAACGCACCAAUUCCCUUCCUGCUGGGCCUUGACAGUCGGUUUUUUGACCUGUACGACCCCCCCGCUGACGUCAUCUGCAUCGACCUCGACACUGGCGCCAUCUAUGUGCCCGAGGAGAAGAAGUACCUGGUGACGAAGCUGCUGCCGCCCCGCCCCGCCCGCACCCUGAGAGCCGCGUUGGAGGGGGGUGUACACAGCGGGGGGGAGGGGGACAGCGCCAUUGACUCUGAAUUUAAGAUGAAGAGAAAGGAGCAACAACUAGAUGUAGAGAUUCAAGAGGCAUUCCUGCGGUUCACGGCGACCAUCUUGAAGGGCUAUAGCUCUUUCUUGCUUCCUAUUGUGUCUUCUCGAGCUGGCGCCAACUGUGACACGGCCUCCCUGUUUGAUAUUGAAGCUUUCGUCCGAUCAAGAGACCGCCGCCACCACCGCUUCUACCAGCUGCUUGUCAACACCCAAAUGUUCAGCCGUUUCAUUGAAGAGCGGUCGUUUGUGUCGGACAAAGAUGCUUCACUGGCCUUCUUCGACGAGUGUGCUGACAAGGUUCAAGAGGAGGACACUACUAUCAGACUCUUGGAGGUGGAGACAGCUCAUAGUGAACAUACACUUUUCUUGCCUCCACCCGAACCAGUUUCUGAUACUACAACUACUACUACUACUACUACUACUGCUUCUGGUGCUGACGCUGACACUGUUACCAACUCUAAUGCUGUCACGUUUACUUAUAUGGGGUUUCCUAAGCUACGACAGGACCUCUUUCCCUGUGAGGAGCCCCUGCCAGCCCUGCCCCCACAGGUGAAGCCCCCGCAGACCACCCCCGCCUCCCCCCUGGCAAGGCGAACGAAACAGGAAGUGAAGACCGAUCAGCGUGUGGCUUCAAGACAUGCCCAGACUCCCAUUCUGUGGGCCAAGUGCCUCCUGCAUACAUGUUAUAGCCUCUGGUUUACGCAACUGCCAGCAUUCGCCUCAACUCAACACAGCAAGCCAAGAUUAUUACAGCUGGCCUUUAAGAUACUGACUAACAUGCAAAAGCUCCACCUAUCUCAAGCUGACGAGGUGUGCUACAGGGUGAUGAUGCAGCUGUGUGGGGUGUACUCGCAGCCCAUACUCGCUGUGAAGGUGCUGUGUGAGAUGAGGCAGCAUGGGAUCACUCCAAAUGCUAUUACUUAUGGUUAUUACAAUCGGGCUGUCAUGGAAAACAAGUGGAUGCAGUCUAACUUGCUGUGGAAUAAGCUGAGGAAUGUCUUGAUUGGGGUGGCAGCAUUUAAGAAGUGUGGGCUGGAGAGAGCGCACCGGAGGAAGCUGAAGACGUUAGCUCUGGACACACCCGACAAGGCUUUGACAGAUGCAGACAGCGGCAGCCAUGUUUCCCUUGAGAGCAGUGCAUCGUUAGACUCUCAGCUAACCACCACUACUACUGCUGCUGCUACUACUACUACUACUACUACUACUACCACUACUACUACUACUACUGCUACUCACCGCAAGACUAACACAUUAAGCUCAGACCCCGGUUACUCUUCUGUCAGUGAUGCUAGUGAUGGGCAGUCUCCCCCCGGCCCCCCCCACUCUGAAGGAGACCCCUUACCCCCCUCCUCACAGACCCCUCCUCCCCUUCCUCCUGCCCCCCAUCACCUUCCUCCUCCUCCUCCUCCCCCUCCUUCUCCUCCUUCCCUCCCUCAAUAUGCCCUGACUUGGACUCCUCCCCUGUACCUCCUCUUCCUCCUUCCCCUUCCUCCUCCUCCUCCUCUUCCUCCUCCUAUGCAUCGACAGUCACCACCACCACCUUGCCAACCACCACCACCACCACCACCACCACCACAGCGUGCAGUAGGGGGGUAUAGGGGUACUACCACCACCACCACUACUACUACUACUACUACUACUACUACUUGUCAUAAACUUGAUUUUCUGCAAAGUGACCUAUACAGAAUAAAGAUUGGAAGUGCCUUAAAAUCAUCAAUGGUGGCGCUGGUUGCUGGCGCCGACCUCAGCCUUAUCGAGACCUGUGGGGCGUUCCACAGCAGCGCAGGUCUUCUAAUGACAAGCCCACUAAAUUCUGCAACCUUGGCUACUCCGACCCGCCCCAGGCCGCCCCGCCCCACUGACCUCGCCAUGGCUCUCUCCCCGACCCUUGACCAGUAUGACAAGAUGACUGAAGCUACCUCCGCCUCCUCCACCUCAUCCACCUCCACCAGGACUCCACCAGAUGCUGCCACCACCACCACCACCACCACGACCACCGCCACCACCACCACCAUCUCCUCCUCCUCCUCCUCCUCCUCCAACUCCUCCGCCACCACCACCUCCUCCUCCACCUCCUCCUCCUCUUCCUCCUCCUCUUCCUCCAGCGGGCAAGAGAGGGUUCCUGAGUAUUUGAGGUCAGACAGCUACGGGAGUGACGCCAAGAUAGUGACAAACCUCCUACGCCUGACCCGUGUGGAGAUAGAGCCCUUGACGCAGGUGGGGCGGGGCGUGGCAGCCAGCCAGGACAGCCUAAUGGAGGAGGGGCGGGAGGAGGAGGAGGAGGAUGACCGGGAGGAGGAGGAGGAGGACCGGGAGGAGGAGGAGGCGCCCAAAACAGGAAAAGUGAGAGGAUUUUUCAGCCGUGGGACCCCCGAGCGCCUGUCCAGUCUGUUCCGCCGCAGUGUUGAGGGCGCAGAGGGUGGCCUGCGGGGGCUGUGGCGGCGGGGCGGGGCUAACCAGACCAGCCAGUCCAGCAGAGACUCAGGCAGCCCCGAACAGGACCCGGGGCUGCCUGACGGGAAGGCGGAGGAGCAGAAGGAGGAGAAGGACCAGGAGGAGGAGGAGGAGGAGGAGGAGGGGGAGUGUAGCUGCCCUGAGGAAGAUGAUAAGGACGAGGCUGGGGAGGACUGCGCCCCCCCAGCCACCCCACCCCAGCGCUCUCCAGUCCGGUGCCCCCCACACUAUUCCCCCGUGCCCUCCAGCCCCCGCCGCACCCCCGUCACAGAAAACGACCCUUUAGGAGCAUUCAGCCCCGUCACCCCGCCGUCCCCCGCAGCCCCCCCGCCGCCCCCCGCAGCCCCCCCGCCAGCCCCGGAGAAGAAGGCCAGGAGGGGCAGCCGCCGUGUAGGCCGCAGCGCCACCUUCACUGGGCCAAGCGGGGCGCCUCCCUCCACCCCGCCCCGCGCCCCGCCCCGCCGCGCCUCCAGCUCCCUGUGGGUGCUCCCUGGGCCCCCACGCUCCCCCCAAGCCACGGAUCAGCCCCGCCCCGCCCCGCAAACCACCACCAUCGCCACCGCCACGCCGCCAUGGCCUGCACUGAAGUUCCUGAGUAGCAAUAGCGCACCAGGGGGAGGAGGAGGAGGAGGAGGAGGAGCAGGAGGGGGGGGGAUAGGGGCUGCUGCUUCAAAUAUGGCUACUGUUGGGUUAAGAGAAGCAUCCAGACAGAUAGAACACCUGAGGGUACAGUACCUGGAGCCUGCACUGUCGGAGAUGGGGCAUUACAGCCCCGGGAACUUCAACUACCGCCGUAACGAGCUCAUUUCCGGGGGCCUGAGCAGCAUGAAGUCAGCUGUUACGAGUCUUAGCAAGAAGUACAAUGAAAUCAGAGAUGCAAUUGUUGCCACUAACACGCCUGUUCGCGGCGCCCAUGGAGGCCGCGGCGGGGGCUGGGACGCAGGAGGGGGGGUAGGCGGUCCUGAUGGUGACGAUGACUCCCUCCUAGAUGGGUUCUGGAGCCGAAGAGAGAGUGGGGAUGUCAUGGGGGGGGCAGGCAUGGAGGAGGGGGGGGGGAACUUUUCUGGUCAAGGCUUCACCACAGACAUCACCACAGCUCCCACAGGCACAGGGCAGGGUGGUGCUGUGGACGGGUCGGCCCACAGCACCGCGCCACAGCAGGACCUCUUCCCUCCCCUGGGCUGGGAUGCUGCGGGGCCUUACUGUGUUGGAGUGUGGCUCACCUCAUGUACAAGGUGUCACAAUUGUGCUGCUUUGCUUUAUGAUGAAGAGAUAAUGGCUGGAUGGCGGCCUGAUGACUCCAACCUCAAUACCAAGUGUGCAUUUUGUGAGAAGGUGACAGUGCCCCUUCUGACCAUCACAAUACACAGCUGCCUCCACCUCCCCCGGCCUGACAGGGACCCCUCCACCACCUCCACCACCACCACCACCACCACCACCACUACUGCUGCUACUACUGCUGCAGGGUCACAAUCAGGUCAAGACGAAGCCAAUGACCUGGUGACCUCAUCUGACCCCCAGUCCACCCGGGGUCACAUGGCGCCCAGCAAGACUGACACCCUGACCUCUGCUGCCUCUAGGGGUGACCUGCACUACCUCAAGGACAAUGUGACCUCGAUAAUGCGGAAGAAGGGCGUGCGAUGCGAACCUGUCACCGUGCCGUACCUAAGCCCACUGGUGCUAAGAAAGGAGCUGGAGACAGUGAUGGGCCACGAAGGAGACGCGUGCCUGACCGAACCAGCAUUUACUGACCACCACCCAAUCCUCUACUGGAAUCUGUUAUGGUACUUCAGUCGGCUGCGUGUACCGAGUCACCUGCCCGGUCUGUGCCUAGGGGCGGGGUGUGUCAGGCAGGCCACGCCCCCGCACCCCUCCUGGCACUCCGCGGACUGGCAAAAUGUUUAUAUCAGGUGUUUGUGGGACAAUAGCAAAUACCACGAUGAGCUUGGUCAACCGAUGUAUAUCCAGUGGCAGGACACAUACACGCCUUCCCCCCUCAUGAGCGCACUGGUCAGGGAGAGAACAAGGAUCCCAAGAAGCGUGAUGCAGAGUAUCCUAACAGCCCUGCAUAUUGAUGAUUUAAGCACGGCCCUUCGUCUUCUGAUGGGGGAGGUGAAGAAGAGGCCGUCAGCUUUAAAAAGAUUACGAUUCCCAGCCUAUCGUGACCUUCUGUUCCUUGCCGCUGCCUGCAUGCCUCCCCAGCACCUUAACCUCACCGCCUUUGACCGGGAGUACCGCAGGGCCUUUGAGAGAGGAGACCAGGCCUACACACGGCUGCUGGGACGCUGUGACACCCCGCCAACCAUUGCAGCGGUGUUUUGUAGACGUUACUUCAGUCAACUUGCCCUCCUGCUGUGAUGCUAGGCUGUGGUAGGCUGUGAUAGGCUCAGUGCGUGUGUGUGUGCGUGUGUGCGUGCGUGUGUGUGAGAAAUGGGGUUAGAUUUGGGUUUUUUUUGUGUUUUUUGGGGGUUUUGUGUGUUUUUUUUUCGUUUUUUUUUUUGUGUUGGUUUUUGGGUGAAUUUUAGUUUUUUUAUUUUGUUUGUUUGUUUGUUUGUUUGUUUGAGUUUUGAUUUUUUUUUUCGUUUAAUUUAAUUUUUUUUUUAUUUAUUUAUUUUUGUUGAUUGAUUAAAGAUAUUUUUGUAUUUUGUGAGAGAGAGAGAGAGAGAGAGAGAGAGAGAGCCUAAAUGAAAAUAACUAAAAUAAAUAAACGAAAUAAUUAGAGAAAAGUAGAAAAUUGAGAGAAAUUAAAGAAAUUGAAGAGAAUAACGAGAGAAAAUGAAAAUGAAAAUAAAAUAAAUGAAAAUAAAUUAAAAUGAAAAUAAAAUAAAUGAAAAUAAAUUAAAAUGAAAAUAAAAUAAAUGAAAAUAAAUGAAAAUGAAAAUAAAAUAAAUGAAAAUAAAUGAAAAUGAAAAUAAAAUAAAUGAAAAUAAAAUAAAUGAAAAUAAGAGAAAAAGAAAAUAGAGAAAGAAAGAGAAAAUUAAGAAGAAAGAAAGAAAAUAAAGAUAAAAUAAAUAAAAUAGAGAAAAAUGAAAAAAAUAAAGAAAAAUAAAGAAAAGAAAAUAAAGAGAAAAACAGAAAAUAAAGAUAAAAUAAAGAAAAUAUGAAGAAAAUAGAGAAAGAGAAAAAGAAAGAAAUUAAAGUGAGGAAUUGUAAAGAAAAUUAUAGAGACAGUUAAAGAAAGUGAGAAAAUUUAAAGAAAGUGAGCAAAAAAAAAAAAAAAUAGAAAUUAAAGGAGAGAGAGAGAGAGAGAGAGAGAGAGACUAAAGAAAACGGGGAAAAAAAAACAAAAUACACACAUGACCGUUUUCUAUGUACGUAAGCAAAGCAGCUUGCGUGUG